GUCAUCUCAGUUUAAGACGCCAACCCCACAGGACAUCCUACAUGGUUGAGACCGGCGCCCGGUGAUGACGUCCACUGAUCGGGCGGGUUAUUUUAGCUGUUGUGAGGGAGCUCCAGAGAAAUAUUAAUAUAUAAUAUAAACAAACAAAUAACCUGACGGACGGACCGACGGACCGGGGUGGAGCCGGACCUGGAGCCGGACCUGGAGCCGGACCUGGAGAGACCUCAACGGGGAUGAACCUCGAUCACCUGGAGCUUAGCCCGGAGAUCAGCGGCGCCCUGAGGAGAGCUGAUCUGAAGUCUGUCGGAGACGUGCUGUGUCUUUCUGUCCCAGACCUGCAGACACUCACCGGUCUGUCCCGGUCUGAUGUCCAACAUCUGCUCACCACCACAGCCAGGGCCUGCAGGAGACGUCCUCCAGUCACAGUCCUCCAGCUGCAGCGUGGAGAGUGUCUCUGGUUGGAAUCCAGGGACAGACUCAGUCUGGGAUGUCCCAUCCUGGACCAGCUGCUGAGGGGGGGUCUGCUGGUGGGGCGAGUCACAGAACUGUCUGGACAGAGUGGGACAGGGAAGACACAACUGGCCCUGCAGCUGUGUCUCAGUGUCCAAUACCCUCCCCAGCAUGGAGGACUGUCCUCAGGGGCGCUCUACAUCUGCACCGAGGACUCGUUUCCUGUCCGACGUCUCGAUCAGCUGAUCAGGUUUCAGUCCAUCCUUCGCCCUGAGGUUCCUCCACAUCUGAUUGGACGCCUCAGCUUCAGCGACCGUGUUUACGUGGAACACGCUGCCGACCUGGACGCCCUCCAGGUGUGUCUGUCCCGCCGGGCCCCCCUCCUGCUGGCUCAGGGUCUGGUCCGGCUCCUGGUCGUGGACUCGGUUGCAGCUCUUUUCAGGUCUGAGUUCCAGGCUGAUGAUUGGCUGGAGAGGAACAAACAGCUGCUCACAUUCUCCUCCACAUUGCACCACCUGAGCCAGGAGUUCUCCACACCUGUCCUCAUCAUCAACCAGGUCACUGAUGUUUUCAACGAUUCAAACAGUUUGAGUCCUUCGUCCUCCACUGUGUCCCCCGCUCUGGGUUUGGCGUGGGCCAAUCAGGUAAUGGUUCGACUGAUGAUGCACCGUCUCCAGGCGACUGUUGCCCGUGGCGACCAGACCAGUGUCCUCCGAAGGUUGGAGGUGGUGUUUGCUCCUCACCUUCCCCGGGACGGACAAGAUGCUGCUGUCUGGACGGAGGGCGUCCGAGGAGUCCUGGACUCUGAAUGAACUUUAUUAACACUGAUUAAAUGUUCACAAUAAACUUUAUUAACACUGAUUAAAUGUUCAUAUAAAAAGAAGUAA